GCUGCUACGUCGACAGGAGAGCCACAGAGCUGAAAACCGAUUGCUCGAGCUUCGCAGAGAGGGAUGUAGCUGGGCAGGAAGCGCACAGCACAGGACACUCACUAGACGUACUUCGUAGCUGUCAGAAUAUAGCUCAGUGUGUCAGUCACAUCAGAAAUAUUACUUCACGUCAUGGGAGAGAUCAUAUUUGAUCAUAUAAUCACACAGCCUGGAUGUUUUGUGUAACGGACACAAGAAGACGUGCCUGUAAAAGGAAUUAUUUAUGGUUUGGGAAGGUUUUAUGGGAGUAGCUAGCUAGCAACUUUGCUGGCUCGUCGGAGGACAUUUUGCAAGGAUGCUACGGUGGAUAAGGCAACAGCUGGGCUUUGACCCUCCCCAUCAAAGUGACACCAGAACGGUUUACAUCGCAAACCGCUUUCCUCAACAUGGCCAUUAUGUCCCUCAGCGGUUUGCAGACAACAGAAUCAUAUCAUCGAAGUACACCGUUUGGAAUUUUGUUCCCAAAAACCUGUUUGAACAGUUCAGAAGAAUAGCCAAUUUUUAUUUUCUCAUCAUAUUCCUGGUUCAGCUAAUGAUAGACACCCCCACUUCCCCUGUCACCAGCGGACUUCCUCUGUUCUUUGUCAUCACAGUAACUGCCAUCAAACAGGGCUAUGAGGACUGGCUGAGGCACAAGGCGGACAACGAGGUGAACGGGGCGCCUGUGUUUGUGGUGCGCAGUGGCAGCCUUGUGCAGACCCGCUCAAAGAACAUCCGAGUGGGGGACAUAGUCCGGGUGGCCAAAGAUGAGACGUUCCCAGUGGACCUGGUCCUCUUAUCAUCAGACCGAGCUGAGGGGACAUGUCACAUCACCACCACCAGCCUGGACGGAGAGACUAAUCUAAAGACCCACUACUCUGUGCCGGAGACGUUGGUGUCUCAGUCGGUGUCCAGGCUGGAGGCCCUACAUGCUGUGCUGGAGUGUCAGCAGCCAGAUGCAGAUCUGUACAGGUUUGUCGGGCGAAUAACAGUAACACAACAGGGAGAAGAGAUUGUAAGACCCCUUGGACCAGAAAACCUACUGCUUCGGGGAGCAAGACUAAAAAAUACCAAAGAAAUUUUUGGUGUGGCAGUUUACACUGGGAUGGAGUCCAAGAUGGCCCUGAACUACAAGUGCAAAUCCCAGAAGCGCUCUGCAGUGGAGAAGUCCAUGAACACCUUUCUGCUCAUAUACCUGGGCAUCCUGCUGUUUGAGGCGAUCCUCAGCACCAUCCUGAAGUACGCCUGGCAGGCUGAGAACAAAUGGGACGAGCCCUUCUACAACCAGAAGACGGAGCAGGAGAGAAACAGCAGCCAGAUCCUGAAGUUCAUCUCUGAUUUCCUGGCAUUUCUGGUUCUCUACAACUUCAUCAUCCCCAUCUCGCUCUACGUCACUGUGGAGAUGCAGAAGUUCUUGGGCUCGUUUUUCAUUGGCUGGGACUUGGACCUCUAUCAUGAGGAGAGUGACCAGAUGGCUCAGGUCAACACAUCCGAUCUGAACGAGGAGCUGGGACAGGUAGAAUACGUAUUUACGGAUAAAACCGGCACCCUGACGGAGAACGAGAUGCUCUUCCGUGAAUGUUCAAUCAACGGUAUCAAAUAUCAGGAAAUCAAUGGAAAGCUUGUACCUGAGGGAAUGACGGAUGACUCGCCUGACCGAUCUGUGUCUCCUCUGAGUCGGGAGGAGUUGCUGUUCCUAAAGGCAGUGUCGCUGUGUCACACAGUACAGAUCAGCUACGAGCAGCCAGGCGACUGCCCGGGGGAUCCCUUCUCCCACGCUAAUGGCUUCUCCUCCCAGAUGGAGUACUAUGCCUCCUCGCCGGACGAGAAAGCACUGGUGGAAGCCACGAAAAGGAUGGGGGUAACCUUCAUUGGUAGCCACGGAGAAACUAUGGAAAUAAAAACAUUUGGAAAGCCAGAAAAGUUUAAACUACUCCAUGUACUAGAAUUUGAUGCAAACAGAAGGAGAAUGAGUGUCAUAUUACAGACACCCACAGGGGAAAAAGUACUAUUUACAAAGGGAGCGGAGUCAGCUAUUCUUCCUUUUACUACAAGUGGAGAAAUCAACAAAACAAGAGUACAUGUAGAUGAAUUUGCCUUGAAGGGCCUGCGGACGUUGGUGGUGGCCUGCAGACACUUCAGUGUGGAGGAGUAUGAGGACGUAGACCAGCGGCUCCACAAGGCCCGCACGGCCCUGCAGCAGAGAGAGGAGAGGCUGGCCGAAGUCUUUAGCUUCAUAGAGAAGGACCUGGAGCUGCUGGGAGCCACCGGGGUGGAAGACAAGCUGCAGGAGAAGGUCCAGGAGACCAUUGAGGCGCUGCGCCUGGCUGGGAUCAAGGUGUGGGUGCUGACCGGGGACAAGCACGAGACAGCGGUCAGUGUCAGCCUCUCCUGCGGCCACUUCCACCGCACCAUGAACAUCCUGGAGCUGGUGCAGCAGAAGUCUGACAACGAGUGUGCCGAGCAGCUCCGACAACUGGCAAGGAGGAUCAAAGAGGACCAUGUGAUCCAACAUGGCCUGGUGGUGGACGGGGCCAGCCUGUCUCUGGCACUGCGGGGGCAUGAGAAGCUCUUCAUGGAGGUGUGCAAGAACUGCUCUGCCGUGCUCUGCUGCCGGAUGGCGCCCCUGCAGAAGGCCAAGGUGGUGAGAUUACUGAAAACAUCUCCAGAGAAACCCAUCACUUUAGCUAUUGGGGAUGGAGCCAAUGAUGUCAGCAUGAUUCAAGAAGCCCAUGUUGGCAUAGGAAUUAUGGGCAAGGAGGGAAGACAAGCAGUACAAAACAGUGACUAUGCAAUAGCGAGGUUUAAAUUCCUUUCCAAAUUGCUGCUUGUCCAUGGCCACUUCUACUACAUUAGAAUAGCAACCCUUGUACAGUACUUUUUUUACAAGAAUGUGUGCUUUAUUACGCCCCAGUUUUUAUACCAGUUCUUCUGUCUGUUUUCACAACAAACUCUGUAUGACAGCGUCUACCUGACACUCUACAACAUCUGUUUCACCUCUCUGCCCAUACUGGUGUACAGCCUGUUUGAGCAACUGGUCCAUCCUCAUGUGCUGCAGAGUAAGCCAGUGCUCUACAGAGACAUCAGCAAGAACUCUCUCCUCUCCUUCAAGACCUUUUUGUACUGGACACUGCUGGGCUUCUGCCAUGCAUUUGCCUUCUUCUUUGGUUCCUACAUCCUGAUGGGGGAGGACACGUCUCUCAUGGGGAAUGGACAGAUGUUUGGAAACUGGACAUUUGGCACUUUGGUAUUCACAGUAAUGGUCAUCACUGUUACACUGAAGCUGGCCUUGGAGACCCACUUCUGGACGUGGAUGAAUCACUUUGUUACCUGGGGCUCCAUCGCUUUCUACUUCAUCUUCUCCCUUUUUUAUGGGGGAAUCAUCUGGCCUUUCCUCCAUACCCAGGACAUGUACUUUGUCUUCGUCCAGUUGCUGUCCAGCGGCUCUGCCUGGUUCGCAAUCAUCAUCAUCAUCAUCACCUGCCUUUUCCCUGACAUCAUCAAGAAGGUGUUCUACAGGCACCUCCAGCCCACCAGCACCCAGAAGUCUCAGAUGGAAGAGGAUAAGAGUUCAGUCAGCUCAGAAUAUGACUCUGCUGAAAGCUGGAGCCGAGGGGAGGACAAUUGGCAACUGCUAGCUGCUUCUCCUCCCCCCGCCCAAGGCCCAGCCCUAUGCUCCCCUAGGUAGUAGUCCUACUCCUUCCCUGGCCCAGCCAGGCGUCUGUGUGUGUAGGUCCUCUCCUGAACUACCAUUGUCCACCCAUCCCCAUAUAGCCCCCCCCCACACACAUUAACCAGAGCCAUCCCUCCUAGAGACUUUAGCUGGGAUCCUAUCAGGGCAUGAUCACCCUGGGUGGUGGGAGAAUGCUGGCACGUUUGUUUAACUGUCCUCUCGAUGUCGUCCCCGUUCGUUCUCCUGUCUGUCUGGAUACUACAGCAUUCUGCCCUGUGUGAUAACAAAACCCAACCUCAAUUAAUCAUGAUUUGUGUCAUUGAUCACCUCUCUGUCUGUGUAUGUAAGCAAUAAUGUUUAUGCAUGUUUUAUUUGCCCAAAUGCCUUUAAACCAGCAAAAGACUGAAGCUCAUUGUUUCAAACAAACCAUAUUUUUCAUUUCAAUAUGUAAUAAUCCUACCAGCAUAUGGCAAAAUUAUUGUUCUGUCAUUUUUUUUCUUUGGCUUGUUCUUUAGAUUAAAUGUAUUUUUUUGUUCUUUUUUGGUGUUCCCUGUCCUUUAACUUUCAUAUACCUCAUCCCUGACUUAAUUUAAUCAAAUCAAUGGCAAGGUUACUAUUUCACCUCAUUAUUAACAAAGAUUAUGAUUGUCAAUAGAUCAAAUGUAUCUCAUUGUAUUUCACAUGAAUGUUACCAAUAUCACCUUAGUCGAACUCCUAUCUAUUCCUGAUUUAGUAUUUUUGGUCUGUUUUUGGUGGGUUCUACAUGUUAUUGAUGGCUUCUAUGUUGUUGAUGGGUCUAGCUAGCUGACAAUUGUGUAGUUCUGUGUGACUGGUAUGAUUUUCCUGUUUGUGCUAACACAAGGUGUUAAUUUACAGGGGCGGUAAAUCACGUAGGAAAUGAUUGGGGGGGCAGCUGAUUUAAACUAACUGUCCAGUGAAAAUGUAACUUUUAAAAGCUCAUCUGUUAACUCCUACCCAAAUAAUGUUGUUGACUCGUCCUGUUCUCAUAUUUGUGGCCAAAGCAUGCAUUUCAGAGAAAAAAAACUCUUUACUUGUAUCUCAAAAGGUAUUGCUAUUUCCUCAUAGAGGAUGAUGUCAUGUUUUUGGCCAAGAUGGCUCAUUGGCUAAGUUGGCCAAUCAGUGUUUUACUUGUCAUGAGUAUUUGUAUUGACCAGUAUACGCCCACACCAUUCAAAUAUAGAAAAACAGCUUUUUUUAACACAAAUAAUUUCUUCCAAAAAUGGGAAUUAAUUAAUAUUGUAAUUUCAUUAUAGGUCAUAUUUCAUAAAUGUGGAAUCACUGGACAGCUACUUUAACUGUCAAUCAUCACCACCUCCAACCAUGUUAGAGGGAUUCCCUAGCGACAGGUCAAGGUGGAAACAUGAAGGAUUUUUGUGUAAUUGGCCUUGUACAGUGUUGAUGAUGAGAAGAAUAUCAAUAUCACCUGAACUUGCUUGCCAGUUUUUCAUACAGUUAUGAUUCGGAGGACAGUGUGUAAUGUAAGAUACAGUAGAAUGAUACAUUCAUGACAAUGUAGCCUAAUACCUAUUUGGUUUAGUCUUCUUACCACUGUUUCUGCUGCUGUUGCAAAUAUGCAGUAGUUUCUGAGUGGUGGGGAGAGGGGGGAAUUGAGCGUUGUAACCUCAAACCAGUGUCGAUAGUCUUGGGAUGUGUUCAGGUCUGCCUCUGCAGCAGUGCUCUGCGCAAUGAGUGCUUACUCAGGAAAAUGAAGAGUUUGCUGUAAGAGAUCAGAGCAGUCUAUGAAGCGACUUUCCUACACAUAAGGCAAUGCAUUUUAAAUGCGCAAAAUUCUCUGCCUUCGCCAUUCAUUUGCAUCUGUAGAUUGUCUUUUGUUUGCGAGUGAAUCGCCAUUAUAUAUCAUUAUGUGGAACUGAGCCGACUUAUUUUUAAGCACACGUUACACUGACAUAACUCUGUAACUACUGUGUGAUUUGAUUACAUGGACAGGCUUGCCUUGGCAAAUACUGCAUUGUUUAUCACUUUUAAAUUUAUUGAUUCAAGUCUUUAUUUGAUUGAUUUUCACCUCCCCAGCUUUACUGUGUACAUUUGUGUCUGACACCUUGUACAUCACCCACCCUUAUUGUUGUGAAGAGCUCAGAAUCCCCAACACCCCCUCCUUGCUCCCUCGACUGUUGCCUUCUGGAUAGUGGUUUGACCUUUUUAUGUGCUGAUUGUAAUAUUCUCUUGUGCUCUGCCACCUGUCAUCUCCCCUCCCU